UUUGGAAAGAUCCUGGAUGUGGAUAUAACAACUGAACCUAAAUUAGGUAUUUUUAUGGGAUCUGGUUAUGCAUUAAUUGGUAAAGACAAGAACGACACACAAUAUCAAGAUUUGGAUCACACUAUUAGCUGGUGCGAAUCUUCAGACCGAAUUUUUCAUUGUACAUGGAAUAAUACACCUACCUGGUGUGGAUAUUGCCACCAAACGGGUCAUAAUAAGUUUGAGUGUGAAAAAUCUAGAGCACGAAUCAUUUGCUACAACUGUCAACACCUUGGACACCAAUCAUUUGAAUGUCCUCGCAAAACACCUCUGAAUCCAUCGAAGAAGCGCAGAACACUAGCAUCUAAGAAGCAGAAUGUUGAGGACGUCUUACCUCAUGCCACUAAGGAGGAUCAGCCGGCCCAUUCUACUGAAGCCUUAAAAUCGCAACAUGCAUCAAAGGACCAACGUGUCGUCCUUCCUCGAACAAAGAAGAGUUUGAAAUUGAUAAUCGUGGAAGAUUACAUCAGCGCUUUUGAUAUUUCGGAAACUGACGGAAGUGAUGGUGAAGGCUCCGAUUAUAUGCCAAGUGAAUUCUAUGAUAGUGAUAGUGAGUGCCAGAGAGGAAUUUGA